GAGCCCGGGCGCAGGCGGGCCGUUUGCAAGUGUUGUCCAAGAAGACCCAUUAGCUUCAACAGCCUGAGAAAUCUAGAGAGGCUGCCGAGUGGAAAAGAGGCAGCGGGGACGCAGUGUUUUGAGCACCGAGUGAGGCACACCCGGAAGUGGUGCUGUACAGAAGCCGCGUCGCCGCCGGGGGCGGAUGCUGGGUACCGCGAGGUGGAGGAGACGCCACAGCACUCUGGCAGUCUGAUUUUGACCCUAACCUGAAAAGAUGUUGGAGUCAUAUGUAACUCCAAUUUUAAUGAGCUAUGUGAAUCGCUAUAUCAAGAAUUUAAAACCUUCGGAUCUACAGCUUUCACUAUGGGGUGGAGACGUGGUUCUCAGCAAGCUCGAGUUAAAAUUAGAUGUGCUGGAACAGGAGCUGAAAUUACCAUUCACUUUUUUAAGUGGACAUAUUCAUGAAUUGCGGAUUCAUGUACCAUGGACAAAAUUAGGUUCAGAACCAGUGGUAAUUACCAUCAAUACAAUGGAAUGCAUAUUGAAACUUAAAGAUGGAAUACAGGAUGACCACGAAAGCUGUGGUUCUAAUUCUACCAAUCGUAGUGCUACUGAGAACACAAAAUCAUCAAUAAAACCCCGAAGAAUUCAGCAGGCUGCUCCUACAGAUCCUGAUUUACCACCAGGGUAUGUCCAAAGUCUGAUUAGACGAGUUGUAAAUAAUGUAAACAUUGUUAUAAAUAAUCUCAUACUAAAAUAUGUUGAAGACGAUAUUGUUCUCUCAGUGAAUAUCACUUCUGCAGAAUGCUAUACAGUGGGUGAAUUAUGGGAUCGUGCAUUUAUGGAUAUUUCUGCAACUGAUCUGGUGCUAAGAAAGGUUAUCAAUUUUUCUGACUGUACAGUUUGUCUUGAUAAACGAAAUGCCAGUGGUAAAAUAGAAUUUUAUCAGGAUCCUUUACUGUACAAGUGUUCCUUCAGAACUCGUCUACAUUUUACAUAUGAUAACCUGAAUUCCAAGAUGCCAUCUGUUAUUAAAAUUCAUACCUUAGUAGAGAGCUUGAAACUUUCUAUCACAGAUCAACAAUUGCCUAUGUUUAUCCGUAUAAUGCAGCUUGGGAUUGCUCUUUACUAUGGAGAAAUAGGCAAUUUUAAAGAUGGCGAAACAGAGGAUUCUACUUGUCACAAUAAAGAUAUGUUAGGAAACAUUACAGGUGCUGAAGAUGAAACAAGAAUAGAUAUGCAAUAUUCUGCUCAGUACAAAGGCCAAGAGUUGUAUUCACAGCAAGAUGAUGAGCAACCACAGGGAUGGGUAUCCUGGGCUUGGUCAUUUGUGCCUGCAAUUGUGAGUUAUGAUGAUGGUGAGGAGGACUACCUUGGGAAUGAUCCUACAUUAAACAUACAUCAGCAGAAAGCACAGACUUUGAAGGAUCCUAUUGUUUCUGUAGGAUUUUACUGCACAAAGGCAACUGUGACUUUCAAACUCACUGAAAUGCAAGCUGAGAGUAGUUAUUAUAGCCCACAGAAAGUAAAAUCUAAAGAAAUAUUGUGUUGGGAACAAGAAGGAACUACCAUUGAGGCCCUUAUGAUGGGAGAUCCUUUCUUUGACUGCCAAAUUGGGUUUGUAGGAUGUAGAGCUGUGUGUCUUAAAGGAAUUAUGGGUGUUAAAGAUUUUGAAGAAAAUAUGAAUAGAAGUGAAACAGAAGCCUGUUUCUUCAUUUGUGGUGAAAAUUUGAGCACGAAAGGUUUGACAUACCUUACAAAUUCAUUGUUUGAUUACCGAAGCCCAGAAAAUAAUGGUACUCGUGCAGAAUUUAUCUUGGAUGCAGCUCAUCAUAAGGAGACAUAUACUGAGAUAGCUGGAAUGCAAAGGUUUGGGGCUUUUUACAUGGAUUACCUGUACACAAUGGAUAGCACCAAUGGCAAAGGUUCUGCAAUUCAACAAGACUUUACUUCAGGGAGAAAUGAAGAUUUGGGAACAGUUCAAGAGAAGUCUACGAAAACUCUUGUUGUAGGUCCCCUUGAUUUUCGCUUGGAUAGCAGUGCAGUACAUAGGAUUUUGAAAAUGAUUGUUUGUGCCUUGGAACAUGAAUAUGAACCAUAUAGCAGGCUAAAACCAGAAAUGAAGGAUGAAAAUGAAACAAUACUGAAUCCUGAUGAAGUGGCUUCUUUGGAGGAAUAUAUUCCUACUCGACAUACAAGUGUUACUCUCCUCAAAUGUACCUGUACAAUUUUCAUGGCUGAGUUCAACUUGCUGGAUUGUUUGCUUCCUGUCAUUAUAGGAGGAAAGAUCUCAACUAACUUUAUGAAUACUACAAACUUCCAGUCUCUUCGACCUUUGCCAUCCAUUCAGAUACUGGUGGAUAAAAUAAAUUUGGAACAUUCUGUCCCAAUGUAUGCUGAGCACUUGGUGCAUGUGGUCAGCAGCCUUACUCAGCCUUCUGAUAAUCUCCUUCAUUAUUGCUAUGUUCACUGCUAUCUUAAGAUAUUUGGUUUCCAGGCAGGACUGACAUCUUUGGAUGUUAAUGGAUCUUACUGCUUACCUGUACCGAUUAUUCCCUCCUUCAGCACUGCUCUUUAUGGUAAAUUUCUGAAAUUCCCCACUUGCUGGACCAAAAGAUCUCAAAUUGUUAUAACUGAAGGUAUAUUUGAACUUCCAAAUCUCACAAUUCAAGCUACAAGAGCACAGACACUUCUGCUGCAAGCAGUAUAUCAAAGUUGGUCUCAUAUUGGAAAUAUCAGUUCUUCAGCAGUGAAUGAAGUUUUGAUGAAUGAAGUCUUCCAAACUGUAGGUCAGAACACAGUUUUCUUGAAAAAUAAAAGGGAAAUUUGUAGUAGAGGUGUGAAAUCUAAGAAUCCCCUGCCAACUCUUGAGGGCUCAAUCCAGAAUGUUGAAUUGAAGUACUGCAGCACAUCAUUGGUCAAAUGUGCCUCUGGGACCAUGGGAUCAAUAAAAAUUUGUGCCAAAACCCCAGGUGACAGUGGAAAAGAGAAGUUGAUUCCCUUACUUCAGGGUCCUUCUGACACUAAAGACCUUCAUAGUACCAAGUGGCUCAAUGAGAGUAGAAAGCCAGAGUCUCUCUUAGCUCCAGAUUUGAUAGCCUUCACGGUCCAAGUCCCUCAAUAUAUGGACUACUGCCACAAUUCUGGUGCUGUACUUCUUUGUAGUGUACAAGGACUUGCUGUUAAUAUUGACCCAAUCUUAUAUGCAUGGCUCAUCUAUCAACCUCAGAAACGAACAAGCAGACACAUACCACAGCAACCUGUGGUAGCUGUUCCUCUUGUUAUGCCAAUUAGUAGAAGGAAGGAGGAUGAGCUGUCUGUUGGGAGUGCACCCUUGGCAAAGCAGCAAUCAUAUCAGGCCUCUGAAUAUGCCAGCAGCCCUAUAAAAACAAAAACAAUAACAGAAUCCCGACCAUUAUCAGUUCCUGUGAAAGCCAUGUUUAGUAUAUCUGAAGGCUGUAGAAGUCCUGAAGAAAGAAUGAAAGAAUUUAUUGGAAUAGUGUGGAAUGCAGUGAAGAGUCUCACACUACAGCUUGAAGUUCAGUCUUGUUGUGUGUUCAUUCCAAAUGAUAGCCUGCCUUCCCCAAGUACAAUUGUAUCUGGUGACAUUCCUGGAACAGUAAGAAGUUGGUAUCAUGGACAAACCAGCAUGCCAGGAACACUUGUCCUCUGUUUGCCUCAAAUUAAGAUUAUCAGUGCUGGUCACAAAUAUAUGGAACCUCUUCAGGAAAUUCCAUUUGUUAUCCCACGACCUAUUCUGGAAGAAGGUGAUGCUUUUCCAUGGACCAUCAACUUGCAUCAUUUUAGCAUCUAUACCCUUAUUGGAAAACAAGUGACACUUUGCCUAGUGGAACCUAUGGGUUGUACCUCUACUCUAGCUGUCACAUCUCAAAAACUACUUGCUACUGGACCUGAUGCCAGACAUUCAUUUGUUGUCUGUCUCCAUGUUGACCUAGAGUCCCUAGAGAUAAAAUGUUCUAAUCCUCAGGUCCAGCUCUUCUAUGAGUUAACUGAUACCAUGAAGAAGGUCUGGAAUAAGAUUCAGAGGAGAGGCAAUCUCAGUUCAUUUUCAGCUUACUCAGAGACUGUGGGAGGGCCUGUCCCUAGUUCUCCAGUUCGAAGUAGUGUAGGCACAGCUCCUCCAGAUGCUAGCACAUGCAGCCCAUCUGCUGAUAUUGGAACUACUACUGAGGGAGAUUCUAUACAAGCAGGUGAUGAGUCACCAUUCUCAGAUUCUGUUACCUUGGAACAAACUACUAGUAACAUUGGUGGAUCCAGUGGACGGGUUAGUCUCUGGAUGCAGUGGGUUCUCCCCAAAAUUACAAUAAAGCUCUUUGCUCCAGAUCCUGAAAACAAAGGCACAGAGAUUUGUAUGGUCAGUGAACUAGAAGAUCUCAGUGCUUCCAUAGAUGUGCAGGAUGUAUAUACCAAAGUGAAAUGUAAAAUAGAGAGUUUCAAUAUUGAUCACUAUAGAAGCAGCCUUGGGGAAGAGUGUUGGUCUCUGGGGCAAUGUGGAGGUGUCUUCCUUUCCUGUACUGACAAGCUGAAUAGACGCACCUUGUUGGUUCGACCCGUCAGCAAGCAGGACCCUUUCAGUAAUUGCUCUGGCUUCUUUCCUUCUACAACUACAAAACUUCUAGAUGGCUCACAUCAGCAGCAUGGAUUUCUCUCUCUGACAUACACAAAAGCUGUAACAAAAAAUGUUCGCCACAAGUUAACAUCAAGAAAUGAACGAAGAAAUUUUCAUAAGUUAUCUGAAGGUUUAAUGGAUGGUUCCCCUCAUUUUCUUCAUGAAAUUCUUCUUUCAGCCCAAGCCUUUGAUGUUGUGCUUUGUUUUCCUUUACUUAAUGCCAUUGCAAGUGUAUUUCAAGCAAAACCACCAAGGACCCAAAAAGAGAAAAGAAAAUCUCCUGGUCAGCCCAUGAGGACCCAUACACUGACUUCACGCAGUUUACCUUUGAUUUAUAUCAACACAAGUGUAAUCAGAAUUUUUGUUCCAAAAACAGAAGAAAUGCAGUCAACUGUUGAAGUCAAUCAGGCAUUGAAGGAAGACACAAUGGUUUUGAAGAUUGGUUCUGUUGCCAUGGCUCCCCAGGCUGACAAUCCCCUUGGCCGGUCUGUCCUCAGGAAAGAUAUUUACCAAAGAGCCUUGAACUUAGGAAUUCUUCGAGAUCCUGGAUCAGAAAUCGAAGAUAGACAAUACCAAAUAGACCUGCAGUCCAUCAAUAUUGGUACUGCACAGUGGGAUCAACUAAAACCAGAGAAGGAAAGUGGAACAAGAGGGGUGCUUACAGAGAGUGAAAGGAAUUCUCAAAAUCCAGCCCUUGAGUGGAAUAUGGCCAGCAGCAUAAGGCGACAUCAAGAAAGGAGAGCUAUUUUGACCCCCAUUUUGACUGAUUUUUCUGUCCGAAUAACUGGAGCACCUGCCAUCAUUUUCACCAAAAUAAGUUCUUCAGAAAAUUUACAUACUGAGGAGAUUUUAGUGUGUGGCCAUUCCUUGGAAGUGAAUAUAACAACAAACCUGGAUUUCUUCCUAAGUGUGGCUCAAGUUCAACUCUUACAUCAGUUAAUAGUAGCAAAUAUGACUGGUCUGGAACCAUCAAAUAAGGCCACAGAGAUCUCCAAACAGGAACAGAAAAAAAUGGAUAUGUUUGAUGGAGGCAUGGCUGAAACCUCAUCUCGGUACAGUGGUGCUCAGGACAGUGGAAUUGGCAGUGACAGCGUUAAAAUCAGAAUAGUGCAAAUAGAGCAGCACAGUGGUGCUAGUCAGCACCGCAUUGCCCGUCCCUCACGCCAGUCGUCAAUUGUAAAAAAUCUAAAUUUUAUUCCUUUUGACAUAUUUAUUACAGCAAGUAGAAUCUCACUAAUGACCUAUUCCUGUACAGCCUUGCCCAAAUCGAAAUCACAAGAACAGAAAGAAGAUGAAAAAACAGGCAAGAGUUCAUUAAAUCUUCCAGAAGUUGAUUCAGAUGUUGCUAAGCCCAACCAGGCAUGUAUUUCCAUGGUGACAGCAGAAGAUCUCUUAAGCAGUAGCACUUCUUUAACUUCAGGGAAAAAAAUAGGGGUUCUCUCUCUUGAAAGUCUUCAUGCAUCCACAAGGUCAUCUGCAAGACAAGCACUUGGCAUAACUAUCGUCCGGCAGCCUGGUCGAAGAGGAACUGGUGACUUACAGCUAGAACCGUUUCUGUACUUCAUUGUGUCCCAGCCUUCCUUGCUUCUGAGUUGUCACCACAGAAAGCAGCGAGUGGAAAUAUCCAUUUUUGAUGCUGUGCUUAAAGGGGUAUCCUCUGAUUACAAAUGUACAGAUCCUGGGAAAACACUGCCUGAGGCCCUUGAUUACAACACUGUGUGGCUACAGACAGUACCUGGAGAAGCAGACAGCAAAAGUGGUAUCCCACCCUCCCUUGUAACGCUGCAGAUUAAAGACUUUCUUAAUGGACCAGCGGAUGUCAACUUGGAUAUAUCAAAGCCUUUGAAAGCAAACCUGAGUUUUACCAAACUGGAUCAGAUGAACCAUUUUUUAAAGAAGAUAAAAAGUGCACAUGGCUUUGCACAUAACAAAGAGACCUCAGCUCUUUCAGACACCACACCGAAUAAGGAUGAGCUUCCAGUCUCCAAAUGUUACCGUGGAAAGUUGUCUAAACCUAAAGUACAUGGCGAUGGAGUACAGAAGUUUUCAUUUCAAGAAAACAUGUGGAGAGCCAUUUCCUGCUUUCAAAAAAUUUCUGUCCAUACUACUCAGAUUGUGUUCUCCAUGGAAACUGUCCCCCAUCCUAAUAAACCAUGCCUGUUGGCAUCUCUAUCAAAUCUUAAUGGAAGCCUUAGUGUCAAAGCAGCACAAAAAGUACCUGGCAUAAUUCUUGGAUCAUCAUUUCUACUCAGCAUAAAUGACUUUCUCCUUAAAACAAGUCUCAGAGAAAGAAGUAGGAUUUUGACAGGACCAUUUUGUGCUACUGCCAAUCUAGAAGCUAAAUGGUGUAAACACAGUGGCAAUCCAGGCCCAGAACAGUCCAUACCAAAAAUAUCCAUCGAUUUAAGAGGUGGUCUGCUACAGGUCUUCUGGGGUCAAGAACAUUUGAAUUGUUUAGUCCUCCUACAUGAAUUACUUUUUGGAUAUCUUAAAGAAGAGACAAAUGUUGAAGUGCAAGUUUCUGAAUCAGUGCCUCAGAUGCCAUCUCCUGUGGAAAAGAAUCAGGCCUUUAAAAGUGAACACAGUUCAGAUGACCUACGAACAGGUCUUUUUCAGUACAUUCACGAUGCUGAGCCUUUGAAACUCCCUGGUAUCUAUGAAGUCUUGUUUUACAAUGAAACAGAAGAUAGCCCAGGAAUGAUGUUAUGGAGAUAUCCAGAACCCAGAGUGCUUACGCUGGUGCGAAUAACUCCUGUGCCUUUCAACACCACAGAGGAUCCAGAUAUUAGCACAGCAGACCUGGGUGAUGUGCUACAGGUUCCUUGUAGUUUGGAAUACUGGGAUGAACUCCAGAAGGUUUUUGUUGCAUUUCAAGAAUUUAGUCUGUCUGAAAGCAAAGUUUGUGAACUGCAGUUGCCAGAUAUCAAUCUUGUGAAUGACCAGAAGAAACUGGUAUCCUCAGAUCUUUGGAGAAUUGUCUUGAACAGCAACCAAAAUGGAGCUGAUGACCAAAGCUCUGCAAGUGAAUCUGGUUCUCAAAGCACUUGUGAUCAACUUGUAACUCCAACAGCUCUGGCUGCCUGUACCAGAGUCGACUCCUGUUUUACCCCAUGGUUUGUACCGUCUCUUUGUAUGUCCUUCCAGUUUGCUCACCUGGAGUUCCAUCUCUGUCAUCAUCUUGAUCAACUAGGCACAGCUUCACCACAAUACCUACAACCAUUCAUUUCUGAUAAAAACAUGCCAUCUGAACUAGAAUACAUGAUUGUUUCCUUCAGAGAACCACAUAUGUAUCUUCGACAAUGGAAUAAUGAUUCUGUCUGCCAGGAGAUCCGGUUCUCAGCUCAGGCAGACUGUAAACUUCUAGAAUGCAGAAAUGUUACAAUGCAAAGUGUAAUAAAACCUUUCAGCAUCUUUGGACAGAUUGCCGUUUCCAGUGAUGCACUUGGAAAGCUGCUUGACUGCACCGUGACAGUGGACUCCGUAUUUAUAAACUUUGGACAACAUGUAGUUCAUUCUCUAAACACUGCAGUACAAGCUUGGCAACAGAACAAAUGCCCUGAGGUAGAGGAGUUGGUCUUCAGCCAUUUUGUGAUCUGUAAUGACACACAGGAGACACUGCGGUUUGGCCAGGUGGAUACUGACGAAAAUAUUCUGCUGGCGAGUCUCCACAGUCACCAGUACAGCUGGCGCUCUCACAAAUCCCCACAGCUGUUACACAUCUGUAUUGAAGGUUGGGGCAAUUGGCGUUGGUCAGAGCCCUUCAGUGUGGACCAUGCUGGGACGUUUAUUAGAACGAUUCAGUACAAGGGUCGAACUGCAUCACUCAUCAUCAAGGUUCAGCAACUCAGUGGAGUGCAAAAACAGAUUAUCAUCUGUGGAAGACAGAUCAUCUGUAGUUAUUUGUCUCAAAGCAUAGAACUAAAAGUUGUUCAGCAUUAUAUUGGACAAGAUGGACAAGCCGUGGUUCGAGAACAUUUCGACUGCCUCACAGCUCAACAGAAAUUGCCUUCAUAUAUAUUAGAAAACAGUGAACUGACAGAGUUGUGUGUGAAGGCCAAAGGAGAUGAAGACUGGUCAAGAGAUGUGUGCCUGGAAUCCAAAGCCUCUGAGUAUAGCAUUGUCAUCCAGGUGCCAUCUUCAAACAGUUCUAUUAUUUAUGUCUGGUGCACAGUUUUGACUUUAGAACCCAACUCUCAAGUGCAACAACGAAUGAUUGUGUUCAGCCCUCUUUUUAUCAUGAGGAGUCAUCUUCCAGACCCCAUUAUCAUACAUUUGGAGAAAAGGAGUCUGGGAUUGAAUGAAACACAGAUAAUUCCAGGAAGAGGGCAGGAAAAACCACUGCAAAACAUAGAACCUGACCUUGUACAUCACCUAACAUUUCAAGCAAGAGAAGAAUAUGAUCCUUCUGAUUGUGCUGUUCCCAUCUCAACAGCCCUCAUUAAGCAAAUAGCCACUAAGAUACACCCUGGAGGUACAGUUAAUCAGAUCCUUGAUGAAUUCUAUGGACCAGAAAAGUCUCUUGAACCCACAUGGCCCUAUAAUAAGAAGGAUUCUGACAGGAAUGAACAGCUGAGUCAGUGGGAUAGCCCAAUGCGAGUGAAGCUGUCAGUCUGGAAGCCAUAUGUUAGAACUUUGUUGAUAGAACUUCUGCCCUGGGCCCUGCUUAUCAAUCAGUCCAAGUGGGACCUCUGGCUUUUUGAAGGAGAGAAGAUUGUUCUACAGGUUCCUGCUGGCAAAACUAUUAUUCCUCCUAAUUUUCAGGAAGCUUUUCAAAUUGGAAUAUACUGGGCAAAUACAAACACUGUGCACAAGUCAGUAGCAAUUAAACUAGUCCAUAAUCUGACAUCUCCAAAGUGGAAAGAUGGAGGUAAUGGUGAAGUUGUGACAUUGGACGAAGAAGGGUUUGUUGAUGCUGAAAUAAGACUUGGUGCUUUCCCAGGACAUCAGAAGUUGUGUCAGUUCUGCAUCUCUUCCAUGGUACAGCAAGGCAUACAGAUUAUUCAGAUUGAAGACAAGACUACAGUAAUCAAUAACACACCAUAUCAGAUAUUUUAUAAACCACAGCUAUCUGUCUCCAAACCCCAUUCUGGAAAGGAGUAUUUUCAUGUUCCAGACAGUGCUACUUUCAGCAUUUGCCCAGGUGGAGAGCAGCCUGCUAUGCAACCCAGCUCCCUUCCUUGCUGGGAUUUAAUGCCUGACAUUGGGCCAUCGAUGUUGGAUGCAUCCUUACUUCAGAAACAGAUUUUGCUGGGCUUUUCUCCUGCUGCAGGUGCCAACAGCUCACAGUGCUGGAGCCUGCCAGCUCUAGUUAAACAAGAGUUUCCCAGACAGAGUGUGGCAGUGCCCCUUGGGAAUUCUAGGGAAAACGGAUUCUGUACCAGGGCUAUAGCACUGACAUAUCAAGAACACUUUGGAGUGACUUAUUUAACCCUCUCAGAAGACCCUAGUCCUCGAGUCAUUUUCCACAACAGAUGCCCAGUAGCAAUGCUUAUAAAGGAAAACAUUAAAGACGUCCCAAAAUUUGAGGUUUAUUGCAGAAAAAUUCCUUCUGAAAGCUCAGUUCAUCAUGAGCUCUAUCAUCAGGUUUCCAGUUAUCCAGACUGCAAGACCAAAGACUUACUUCCUAGCCUCUGUUUGAGGACAGAGUUGCCAGAUGAAAUAACCAGUGAGUGGAGUGAUGCUGUUGACAUCAACAGUCAGGGGAUGCAGGUUGUGUUCCUCACUGGCUUUGGCUAUGUGUACGUGGACGUUGUCCAUCAGUGUGGCACAGUCUUCAUCACUGUGGCCCCAGAAGGAAAAGCAGGAUCGAUUUUAACCAACACCAACAGAACUCUGGAGAAGACCAUUGCCUUUAGAGUGUUCAUCACCCAGUUGAGCCUGGCAGUGUCCGAUGACCUCACCCACCACAGAGCAUCAUCUGAACUGCUGAGGCUCACACUGGACAAUGUUUUCCUGCACAUGGCCCCCGUGGCUGGCGUCCUUCCAGGGGAGGAACCUGCUGCCGCUCUCUUCCAGCUUCACUGUGUGGAGGUGUACUGUGGGGACCUGCAGUUGGAUAACCAGCUCUAUAACAAGUCCAAUUUCCACUUUGCUGUCUUGGUCUGCCAGGGAGAAAAAACAGAGCCUACUCAGUUUUCCAAAGGGCAGAGUCUCCUUGCCUCCAGCAGAGAUCUGGAAGAAUACAAGGAGAACUGCUUUAUCAAGCUUCGAGUCACCUUAACUGAGGGCAGGAGUGUCCCACUGGAUGUUAAUGAGUUCAGUUUUGAACUGAAACCUGCCCGGUUAUAUGUGGAAGACACAUUUGUGUACUACAUCAAAACUUUGUUUGACACUUACCUCCCUCACAGCAGGCUGGCUUGUCGCCCCCCACAGCUCUCUGGGAGAAAGCAGGUGCUACCUGUGCAGGUGAGACAGCAUGCCAGGGCCUUGGUGAAUCCUGUGAAGCUACGGAGAUUGGUGAUCCAGCCAGUGAAUCUGCUCGUCAGCAUCCACGCAUCUCUCAAGCUGUACAUAGCCUCUGACCACACUCCGCUCUCCUUCUCAGUGUUUGAAAGAGGACCCAUCUUCACCACUGCAAGACAGCUCGUGCAUGCCCUGGCAAUGCACUAUGCUGCUGGGGCCCUCUUCAGAGCAGGCUGGGUGGUGGGGUCUCUGGAGAUCCUCGGCAGCCCGGCAAGCUUGGUGAGGAGCGUAGGGAAUGGCAUCUCCGACUUCUUCAGACUUCCUUAUGAGGGACUGACCCGAGGCCCAGGAGCCUUCGUGAGUGGAGUUUCCCGAGGGACAACAUCAUUCGUGAAGCACAUUUCCAAAGGUACCCUCACAUCCAUCACCAACUUGGCCACCAGCCUGGCCCGGAACAUGGACCGGCUCUCCCUGGAUGAGGAGCACUACAACCGGCAGGAGGAAUGGCGGCGGCAGCUGCCUGAGAGCCUGGGCGAGGGGCUGCGACAGGGCCUGUCCCGGCUGGGCAUCAGCCUGCUCGGUGCAAUUGCUGGUAUAGUCGAUCAGCCAAUGCAGAACUUCCAGAAAACAUCCGAGGCUCAGGCUUCAGCCGGACACAAGGCCAAGGGUGUUAUCUCGGGUGUGGGGAAAGGAAUCAUGGGGGUGUUCACAAAGCCCAUUGGAGGAGCUGCUGAGCUCGUGUCGCAGACCGGCUACGGUAUUUUACAUGGAGCUGGACUUUCUCAGCUUCCCAAACAGCGCUAUCAGCCAAGUGAUCUACAUGCUGACCAGGCUCCAAACAGCCAUGUCAAAUAUGUCUGGAAAAUGCUCCAGUCUCUGGGGAGACCAGAAGUCCACAUGGCCCUGGAUGUGGUUCUGGUGAGGGGUUCAGGCCAGGAGCAUGAAGGGUGCCUGCUGCUGACCUCAGAAGUACUCUUCGUGGUGAGCGUCAGUGAGGACACACAGCAACAGGCCUUCCCUGUCACAGAGAUUGACUGCACACAGGACAGUAAGCAGAGCAACCUGCUCACCGUGCAGCUCAAGCAGCCGAGAGUGGCCUGUGAUGUGGAGGUGGAUGGAGUCCGAGAGAGACUGUCAGAGCAACAAUACAACAGACUCGUGGACUAUAUCACAAAGACCUCCUGUCACCUGGCCCCCAGCUGCUCUUCCAUGCAGACAUCAUCCCCUGUGGUGGCUGUGGACCCUCCCCUUUCCACUGUUAAAACAUACCAUUAUUUGGUUGACCCACAUUUUGGUCAGGUCUUCAUUAGUAAAUUUACCAUGGUGAAGAAUAAAGCCCUAAGGAAAGGGUUCCCUUGAAUCCCCUCUAAGAAGUUGAUUAUUGCUUGUGCAGUUUAUUUCUGAAACAAGAAACCUAGAGGUUAGUUCUAACAUUCAGUGUGGACACAAGGCCAACACUUUUCUAUAGUUACAGGUAUAGUAACUUUCUAGCCACUUCUAUAAUUAUUUCAGCUUCCUUUUCCCUAACAACAAAUUAGAUACUUUAAGAUGGAAUAAAAGGGUGGGAAAGGGUGGGCAGGGUUCCGCUCCCAUUUGAAGACAAUGAUUAACACAAUCCUUUAUAUGUCGUAUUCUCCCCACACAUGGAAAACAAUGCCAUUUGCUAAAAUUUCCACUAUAAUUUGGAUCUGUUAAUUCUCUGCUCUACAGCAAAAUAUGGUUAGGCCUUAGAAUGUAGAGCCAGAGUUAAAACUUCAUUCCCAGUUCCGUCUGUUUUAGGGGGACUGAGAUACCACCUCUGCCUAAUAACUCCUUUUCUGCAAAGGUUUAGAUUCUUUAAAUGACAUGAAUUGCUUAGAACUCUGUUGGUUAACUUGUUAUAUGUGUUGCUUAACUACAGUGAAAUUCCUUUAGUGAAAGCCACUAUGUAUAUUCCCUUCAAAGUUUGCAUUUCACUGAAUUUUAUAAAACAGUCUUAUGACUGUCCAUUUUAGAAAAAUGUUCUUCCCACUUGUGUUCAAUAGAUGAGCUAAAAAGUAAAUCGUUAUGUGUCUACCCAUUAAAAACACACCUGAAGUACUCAGGUGAGUUUCUUUAGUUCUACAAACAUACUAGGAACUCCUGGGAGGGGAGCCAAGAACCCCAACAUUAAUACUAGCAAUGACAUCAGUCCAGAUAGUUUAUUUUGCUGAGUGACUUGAUAAAGCAUGAAGACAUUGCUAAAUUUCUGUUAGCAUCUAAGAGUGGAUUUGACUCAGGUCUUGAGUCAGCAAAUAACUUAAUGUUCAGUAAAUAUCUGUCUCGUGGUCCAAUUAAUUAAACUCGAUUACUUUCAAGCUUGGGCCUAUAACUUGUUGCUACAACUGUGAAAUGCUAAAAUGCAACUUCAAAGGCCCACUGAUCUUUGACUGAACUCUCACAGGUUGUUAGGCAUAAGUCACCACUACAUCACUGUUCCUGGAAAGCAAAACUGUUAAUGGACAAUUCAGGUUGUAUAUGAAAAACAGCUCCUCAGUUUGUUAUGUAUACUCACUUAGGAAAGUGACAGUUUUGUCAACCUCAAGAAUAACUAUUUUUAGAAAUGUAAGUAUGUACCAAUUCUUGUAUGUUUUACGGUAAUUUUGCAUACUGCUAAGAAUUGUUAUAUAAAGUUGUUAAAAAUAAAAGGUGUCCUUGAAUUACGGGCCAUA